GCACUUCCGAAUAGGGUCAUGGCGGAAGGGUGUGAAUAGCCUCGCCGCCCGUGCCCCAGGGAAUGCCCAUUCCUGACCUCAGUUGCAAAGUGAGUUUCUUCUGUAUGCUUGAAUCAAGAACUCUUUCAUCUUGAUAAUACCGGGUUGGAUGCUUUAAAGCUGCAGCAAAAAGACCAGAACUUUCAGGGGAAAACACUGUAUCGAACAGCUCCGACAUGGCAGAAGUGAAGCCAGUGUUCCGGGAAGUUCUUCCAAAACAAGGGCCAUUGUUUGUGGAAGAUAUAACCACAAUGGUGCUGUGUAAACCCAAACUUUUACCUUUAAAAUCUCUGACUCUGGAAAAACUAGAGAAAAUGCAUCAAGCAGCACAGGAUACAAUUCGCCAACAAGAAAUGGCAGAAAAGGAUCAACAGCAAAUAACCCACUGAACGGUAACUGAAGCACUUUAGGGAACAACCUGUCUUACCUACUGUUUAACAGUAACUAGAAAAUGAUAUGCUUCUGUGUGCUGAAAGUAGUGUUUGUUAAUAUUAUCAAUAAAAUUGAUAGUAUUCAUAUACAAAAAUACCUAAGAUUGAUGAAAUUUGUAUUGUGAAUGUAAACACUCUGGUUUGUAUUGAACAUAAACAGUUACAAUGAACCAAGUUUUAUGGGGUUUUUAUUCGUGUUUUUAGAAUUGCAUAUUAUUUGUUCACCAUUCCUGUUGCUAUCUCUUAUAGAUAACAUUCUUGGGCACAAGGGACUAAUGGAUCUUUACAUGUUUAUUAAAAUCUGAAUUGGAAGAUAUAUUCCAGUCUUGCAUAAAGUGUUUGCUGGGCUUUUACAUUAUUUAAACAAAUUAAUUAAAUUUUUUUAACCAAUUUUAUGUGCCAUCAUGUUAAAUACUAUUGUGUGUGACCAGAUCCUACCAGUGAUGAUAAAACUGUAUUAAAUCUCAUUUUGAAGAAACCCUCCCCUAUUCUGUAGUCAGCUAAACUUUUAAUUACAUUAAUGUUAAGGACUUGAGAAUUACAUGACUGUGUUUAUCAUCCAGAUGUCAAUUAAAAACCUAAAAAUGGAACUAUAUUUAUAUAAGCCUAGGUAAUAUGGGCUUGAAAAAGCCCAUGAGGUGAAUAUGAACAUUAAACUUGGUUUUAAUUCUAACAGACAGACUGUAUCUAAACUUGCCAUCGGUAUACUCCUAAUAGUACCCACAUAAAUUCUGAAUAUAAUUCUUUGUCGGUUUGCUGCAUUCAAUAUUUGGCAGUUUAGCAUAGACCUUGAGGGCUUACUGGGUUAUUAGGCUAUGUAAAAGUGGUUCAAAGUAUGAUCAUUCUUUUGUUAUUAAUUGGUAGGUCAUAUUUUCUCACACAUUGGGUAAAUGUCAAGCUUUCAGUCUUUGGAGAAUAACUUUUUGUAACAUUAGCCAUUAUUUGGUAACAGAAUUUAAGAAUGAAAUGAUGGAAGGUAUUACAUAUUUCUAAAACUUAAUUAAGCUCUAGAUCAGAUAACAAUGGAGGAAAGUGAUACCUGCAUUUUUUUCCCUAGUGUAAUCUUAAUUUACUAUUGUACUUUUCAUUUAAAAGUUUGUAGGGAAAAAAAGUUUUCAAGGAACACUAAGAUUAAAUUCACUACGUUCAAAUACGCUUCCUUAUGAGAUUUAAAAUUCGCUGUGUGAAAUUAUUAAAGUUUAAAAGACCUAAAAUAAAUGUACUCCCAAUAAAGAAUCAA